AUGAAUGGGGACCCCAAUGGGAACAAUGCCACUGCCGACAAUGGUGGCACGACAACCGACGAGGCUGAAAAUCCAGGAGAGGAUCUUCAAGCCUCCCCAGAACGACAUGCCACCCCCGAAGGAAUCCCCGAGGACCUAGACCCCGAUGACCUCUUUGAAGGGGCCGACCACAAUUAUUUGCCUGAAUCUGAGGAAGACGAGAGCCUCAAUUUUGGCAUGGUCAAAAGCAUAAUUGAGAAGACCUCAAAUGGAAAAGUGCCCAAUGAAGCUGAGAUCCGUGCCAGUGGAAGAUAUGAUUCAGGAAACUACCGUGGCAAAGGCAAGAGCAAGAACUACGACUCCGAUGAUGAGAAGAAAAUGAAGAAGUUCUUCAAGAAGAAGGACAACUCCGCCUCCAAGUCUUCUUCAAUAUGUUCCUCAAGGAAUCCUUCCAAGUCCUCCUCUAAUCGCAAGAAUACCUCUCGCAAGGCCAAGGCAUACAUCGGCAAGAAAAUGGACUCCGAUGAAGAAGAAUCAUCUAACUCCGAAGAAGCUGAUGAUACCGAUGAAGAUUCUGACUCCAUCAUGGCUGGUAUAGCAUGUGCCUCCUCCCCUGCAACAAACUUCUUCUAG